AAACAGUUCUUUGUGUUGUCAAACGCUGGCAAACCGAUAUACUCAAAUCUCUUGAAAGAAGAGGAGAAAACGGUUGGAUACGGUGGCAUUAUACAGACAUUUGUUGAUUCUUUCCUUCAUGAUGGAUCAAAGCUGAAAUCCUUUGUUGCUGGCUCCACAAGGUUCACCAUCUUGAACGAAUCUCCCAUUAUACUCAUGGCAUGUUCAAAAUUGAAAGAAGAAGACUCUGAUCUUCUCAACCAGUUGGAUCUACUAUACAGCUUCUUGCUGUCCACUUUUAGUAAACCACACAUUGUUAGAUCAUUUCAGAAUAAAGAAAGUUUCGAUUUGGGAAAGCAUUUGGGCCGCUCAUGCGUUUCAGGUUUGGACUAUCUCUGUAAAGAAAUGUCAAGUUUCAACCCUGGCAUAAUGUUGGGUGCAUUACAAAGCAUCAAGCUGAAGAAAACGAUCAGGGACAAGAUUUGUCAUUCUCUAUUACACAAUAGGAGUAAAGACAUUCUCUACGGCGUACUGGCUGCACCUGGGGGGAAAUUGAUCAACAUUAUGAGGCCAAAGACACAUACUUUACACACAACGGAUUUACAACUCCUAUUUCUCACGGUUGAGAACCAAAGCAAAGAUCAAGCGGAUGAUGAAGAGCUGUGGCUACCUAUCUGCUUGCCAAAAUUCAACCCUAACGGGUUUCUUUAUGCAUAUGUCAAGUACAUAGGACAGGUGUUUCUGAUCCUGGUCAGUCCUGACAAAGGUGCAUUUUUUGAAGUUAGAGAUAUCGCAAACCAGAUGCUCCAAGAUAUGAAUAAAAAGAAGAUCUUUGACGCACUUGAAAUGUCGAUAUCAAGAGGUAUAUCUACAGUGGAUAUUCCUGCUCCUCUAGUGUACCAUUUCAUCUAUAAAUCGAAAAGACAUCUGCAGUAUGUUAUGCCCACAACACAAUCAAAUUUGGCCAACGCCAAGCACCUUUACAAAUACUACUUGGAGUUACAUUCCAGUGUGAACAGGAAUAACAGGAUUAGCAUCUCAUAUAUGAGAUGGGAACAUACUAACUCCACUCAGCUAGCAGGAAUUGGGUGGACAACACCAAAAUAUGAACUUUUCCUAAUCACAGGGAGUAUAGUUAAGAAGGACAUCUUGGUCAAGAGUGCCAAAUCAAUUGUCAACUGGUGCAGAAAACACGAUGAUCGUCUGUUCGUGUGCCAAGGAGCAGUAUUC